AUGUCAGAACGUGUGACAUCUAACAAGGAAGAAUCUGAAACUUCUCUGAGCGACCCCUUUUUUCUGCCUCAGUCCCGCUGGCUCAUCCCCAAGCAUGGGAAAAGUUCUACUGCAAAUCGCCAUCCCGUUUUGCCGGAGCUCACGUCGAUAGGCUCCGUAAAUAAAAGUUCGCUAAAGAGCUUGGGUAAAGAGACAACAACGUCAGUUCUUAAAUCUUCGACUUUAUCAACUGCCCAUGGAAGUGAUUCUGUUGUAAACUCCCUUUCCAUCUCUAUGGGGAAGCGAUGCAGUGAACUGCACGAUAAUAUCAGUUCCAGUCGAUUCUUAGGAAUAAAUACACGUAUUUCGGCAACAACCUCCAAUGCUGAUACCCGGGCUCCUGUGGGGGAGCGUCAAACUACAUCAUUUGCCCCAAAUGUGAAUAUAAGUCAGCCAACCAACAAUGGCCUUCAUAGUCGUUCACUUACGCAAUCUCAGAGACAACUCUCUCGUAGCAGCGGCUGGGCCUCGUCUGUGGGUGUGUUCACUGGGAUUUAUGCGACGGGCGGUCUCAUACCGCCCACUAAAUCUUCUAAUAAUGAAGCAGUUAACUCAAAUAAUGUGUACAUGGUGCAUCUGAGUGGAGACGACGGUGGAGUCGAAAUGUCUCUUGCGCAGCCAUUCCUCCAACGAGUUGCCGAGCUUCGCGGACGCUACAAAGGAAUAGACAAAGGGCAGCCUGAGGAACCCCUUUGCAUGGAGCAGCGUUUAGUACCACCCAUAUCUCUGCAUAUAUCUGACGGAGUAUAUCUCUUUGGUGGCCAGAUAACUAUCCCUGUGUCCUGGGAACAGUUCUACGAUGAUUUCAUGACAGUAUGUGAAUGUAUGCAGCACACCACCUGCCAAAGUGCAUGUCUCUACCGUCUGCAGGUACUCGAGGAGAAGUAUGACAUGUAUAGGCUAUCUAACAACGCCUUUGAGGAAAACAACACGCACAACCGUCCCUAUGGGGGUAGCGGCGGUGGUGUAUUCAACAAAAAUAUGAAAGUUGAUAACGGUGUCAUGCUUCAUGGUAUGGUUAGCGCACCACGGCUCGUGGAUUACAUUCGGGAGGUAAUCCGAACUCGUGGUGAAGAUGAUACCGCAGCGGUACUUGGCGAUCAAAAGACCCCAUACAAUCUGAGGAUGGUGUAUGAAAUGCUCAACUUCACGGAUUUAUCGUCUCUGACGGCCGAUGACCUCGGUCUACAACCCUCAUUGGUCGAGAAAACGGAUCGCUUCUAUGACCCACUAGACGCACAGUGCAAUCAUGCCGGCACUAAUGCAGCGGCGCUUCUUCAUCUUUUCCUAACCCGCGAUAACCUAAACCGGGGGGCGUAUUUCGCUGAUGUUAUCAGGCCGUUUUUAGUGCAAAAUGCGGAGCGUCUGCGCUGCCCAAAGGCGGCUGAAGUAUUCCUUUCUGUAACAGGGGUGAUCCCGAAUGAGUGGGAAAAUCUGGCCCAGUGGCUGCAGCGACACAACCUGUUGGAACCUUACCGCAGCACAAACCAGUAUCUGGUCACCCUGUCACGUAAACGACAGGGCUCGAAGGAUGCCCAAAGGCGACAGUGGAGAGGUGGGGCUGGAAGCGACAGCAUCGUUGAGGAAACGCCAACCACUGAUAUUAACAACAUCGGUGCCCAGCAACUGCUUGUAUCGCCGGCUCAGCUCAUGCAUGAACACCACCAACAGCACUUGGACCAACUCUUCCUGCCACUCUUCAUGGCGACCAUUGUCCCUGAGGACCCGCGUAAUACGGCCUUGGCAACACUUUUGGAGUGCCUCGGCGGCUUUGUGAUUACACCAGAAUACGAGGAAAACGAGCAGAGCGCACCGGUUGAGCGGCAACGCCGGCGCCCGGUAGAUGUACCGAGCUCGGAACGAGUCAGUGAUAUAUACUUUGCGUAUUAUCUCUGGGCGAACCUCACCUCUCUCAAUGCGUUACGCCGCAGACGUGGGCUAAAUACCUUUCAGCUACGCUCUUCGGGUAUUGGCCCGUCCAGCAGCAGUAGCAGCCCCACACUCAGUCAUACCUUGGUAUUAUCCUACCUUCUGUGCGACGGUAUCUACCACCCUACCACAUUAGAGGAGCAUCCCGUGCUGCAGUACCUAUACGGCCUUCACCAUAUCGGAGUGUGCAUAAGCCCCUUGUCCUCUACUGCGUUUGGUUUUUCUACCUACGCUGAUAACCCCUUCAUGACUUUUUUUCGGCGCGGCUUGCAGACGUCCCUCUGCACUUACAACCCGCUUGCAGUUCACCACUCAGAUGACCCGCUCGUGGAGGAGUAUGGCAUGGCGUGCAAACUCUAUCACCUUAGCGGUGUUGAUGUAAGUGAAAUUGCGCUAAAUUCUGUCAUGAACUCCUCCUUCCCGAAUCGCAUCAAGUCAUCGUGGUUGGGUGAAGCCUUCAUAAAUGAAGGCUGGCGAGGCAACUUACACGAACUCAGCAACGUCCCGACAUCGCGGUUAAUGCUCCGACACGACAUGUGGGCCAAUGAGUAUGAAAUCAUCUUUAAUCCAAUGAAACGGAAGUCAGCUUCACCGGCAGCCGGGGUCGUCGGUCGCUCUGAGGAGGAUGCACUUCGAAUAAACCCAACACGAUGCCGGAUUCCGGCUGAGACAACGAUGAAUAAUGCAGCUGCUUUGAGUUCUGCACCUCCACCGAGCAUCUUCCCGUCCCCUAGUCCCUUAUUCUUAAAUUUACCUAUAUCAGGGGAGGAAACCACGCCGACGGAUGCUACAGCAACCCUACAGGCACCUUACGCGGUCACAGAUCCCCAUGUUAAAUUUCCACGUGUCCAGCUUAUAGGACCAUACGACCGUGAUGCGAAGUAUGCAUGGAUCGGUCAAGCCCUCUUGCGUGCAUUAGAAACUCGCAGCUUCUACGUGAGCCCCUACUCUAAUGAAAAAAAUACCCGAGAAGAUUCUCACAUUAAGUCAGCGUCAGCCGAAAACACAAAGGAUGCACCGCGGAAAUGGCAUGAGGUUGUGAUGCAGCAGUACUACACUACACAAAACAUUGAACAGGCCUUUCGUCGUGAUGAUCAUUCAUUUGAAGAAGACGAAUGGAUGUUCAAGACAGUGGAUGGGGUCGUGGUACCGCACGAAGUGCAUCAAAUCCCACGUCUUCCUCAGGAUAUGUGUCAGUAUGACGACUUCCGCGUUCACGUCCAGGACCUUAAGUCGCUUACAGAAAAUUAUCUUGUUAGUCAGUUCGCGCAGCGUCGCUUGCAGCUCCUAGAGCAUCGAUUCCUUCUUCAUCAGGCAGUGAAUCACGGGUUGGAGGCUGGGAGGACGGCUGAGAAAGCGUCUCAGAACCGAGACUUCUACCAAUCCACCAAAGUGGACAACACGAUUCGUACCGAAGCAGGCAUGACAGCGCGGCAGCUACUACAGUUCAUCGUACACAAGGCACGUAAUAGUGGGGACGAUAUUGUCUGGCAUAAGGAUGGAAAAGAGCCGCAGACCCUUCGCCAGCUCCUACACAAGCUGCACAUCUCGCCAGACUCCCUCACGGUCGAUGACUUAAACGUACAGAUUGACAUGAACCUCGGUGGGGCCGCCGCUGAGGCCAGUAAUGCCGCUCUCUACACACCUGAGGGACGUGAUGAGCUGCUGACGCUGCUUCUUAAGACCGACAACCACCUCCGUGGGCGUUAUUUUGCAGAGCUAACAAAGCUAACCUUCGACAACCUCGAGCGCGAUCGAUUCAGCUUUACGGAGUUCCGGCUCACGAUUUACGGGGCACGCUCCGAUGAGUGGGCACUGCUGUCUUCAUGGUUUGACACUCACGGUAUGUCAUCUUCUCACAACUGUUGGGUGAUCCAAGUCCCGUGUAUCUAUGGCUAUCUCCAUCGAAGCGGUCGUGUCCGUAGUUUUGCCGAAUACCUGGAGAACAUCUUCACGCCUUUGUGGUUAGUAUCUUUGCAUCCCAGCAAGGAUCCGCGACUUUUUCAUCACCUAACGCAUAUCUCUGGCUUCGACAUGGUCUCCGAUGAGCGUUGGCCUGAUCUUCCAAUGAAUCUCGCGACUCGGCCGCCGCACGAGUGGACGACCGGGGAUGACCCACCUUACAACUAUUACCAGUACUACCUCUGGGCGAACAUCUACUCACUCAACGCUUUCCGUCGUCGGCGGAAGUUCUCGGUUUUCUCUUUCUGCCCAAGCAGUGGUGAGUCUGGUCCGGCUGAGCAUCUCAUUGGAAGCUUCUUACUUGCCCACAACAUCACCUAUGGUGUACAACUGGAGACAGACCCUGUUUUGGAGUACCUAUUUUAUCUCGCCCAAAUCGGCAUCACCAUGUGCCCGCUCAGCAAUAACACAAAGGUGUGCCCGUACCUGCAGAACCCCUUCCCGCGAUUCUUCCAGCGUGGCUUACGAAUUUCUCUGGGCACUGAUUGCCCUCUACAAUUCCACCACACGCAAGAACCCCUACUCGAAGAGUAUUCCAUCGCCUCGAAGGUCUGGAAGCUUAGCCCAAAUGAUAUGUGUGAAAUUGCGCGGAAUAGUGUGCUUCUUUCGGGCUUUAGUCCUGCCUUUAAGCAGGAGCACCUCGGACGGCUCUAUUUUCUUUCCAGUAGUCUAAGCAACGAACAGUCUCGGACGCAUCUGUCGGACAUCCGAGUGGCGUAUCGCUUUGAGACCUACCACACGGAGGUUGGGUACUUGGAGUAUGUCUCGGGGCAAGUCCUACCAAACAAAGCUAUGCUCACGCAGAAAGAAGAGGACUGCGAGAUUGAGCAGCUAAACGCCGCCGAGGAGCUUCGGCAGAAAGAAGAAAAGCAGCCCAACGUUCUACUCGGCGUCGGUGGUGGUAUUAUCGAUGCGGAAUCGGACGCUGCCGAUAUCUCACAGCUUCAAGCACAACGUAAACUUCUACGAACGCAACUUGACGAAUUAACGCAGAAUGUUCACGCCCUACAACACCGCAAUCACCAACUUACCGAAAAACUUCAGGAGGAACGGCGACGCACCUUGCAGGCGGAGCGUCUGAAGCGACAGAAGCAUCAAGAUCAGUUCAUGGAUAUAUCUCUGGACUGUUUAGAAGAGUUGCUGAAGUCCUCAACCACCGACAUGGAUGACCCUCUUCCACAAAGAAAUUCUGUUUCAGAGGUACCCUAUUCCAACGAAUCUCCUUAUUCCAACUCGUCUGGCAUCGAUAAUGUCCUGAAUAGUUCAAAUCCCCUAAAUAAUAGCCCAUCAACGCAAUUGUUUGUGAACACUGAACUGGGUAAUCCUGAAAAUUUGAAAAUGUCUGACAAAGAAAUAAGAAUUGCAGUAAAUACAGAUGCAGUGCUGCCUCAUAUAUUCAACCCAGCCGUGCCCUUGGAAAGUGCCAAUGGGGCCAAGCCAUAA